CGGGAGCGGGCCGUGAGUCCGUGCCGGCGGGAGAGGCGCGGGCGAGGCGGGCCCGGCCGUGCGGGCCCUCCAGGCGCGGAGAGAGGGGUGCGAGGCCAGGCAUAGGAGGCACGGGGUGGCUGCUCUGCUCUGCUCUGCUCCGCUCUGCUCCGCUCUCCCGGCGGAGCUUGCCGGCCCAGCCCUAUGGCGGAACACUGAGCCACCGCGUCCUGUGGUGAGCCGGACCUGCCUUGCGCAACAGUGCUCUGACGCUGAGGGCUGAUCUUGGCUUCAUCAUCAACUUUCAUGUCAGUUGGUUUCAUAUUUGUACAUCGGCCUUCAGUAGCAGAAGUCAGAUAACAUGGGAAGCUGUGUAUUCCAGUUUCUCAUAACAGAGAAGAAACUAAGAGCACAGAAAAGGAGUGAAGAAAAUGCACAGGUCAGAAGAUGGACAAGGGGGAUAGAGGAGAAAUGAAGAGAAAAUGGCAAGAAAGACUGAAGAAAGUGGAAGAACUAGCAUCUUACUAUGAAAGAAAUCCUCUUCCUGCAGUUUAUAGACCAAGACUGUCCAAACCCUCUAUGCCAUCCUCCAUUUGGAAAAUAUUUUCUCGACAGGCUGAAGCUUUUAAUUAUGUAAAAACCUGCAAAGAGGAUGUUCAUGUGUUUGCUUUGGAAAAGAACACACAGAGUGGACAGAGGUUUUACCUUGUGACAACAUAUCAAGAGCUUUGGUUUUAUUACACUCAAGGUUGCAAAACAAGUCUUAUGCAUUGUUAUGAAGUAAUUCCUGAAAAAGAUGCUUGCAAACUUUAUUUUGACUUGGAGUUUUACAAACCAGCAAAUCCUGAUGCAGAUGGCAAGAGUAUGGUCAUGAAGUUAAUUGAGCUUGUCAGCCAAAAAUUAAAAGAAUUUUAUGAUGUAAAUUGUUCGUCAAAAGAUGUCUUGAACUUGGAUUCCAGUACUGAUGAAAAAUUUAGUCGGCAUUUAAUUUUUCUACCCCAAAAGACAGUAUUUAAGGAUAACACUCAUAUUGGUAACUUUGUGAGAACCAUUUUGCAGCCUGCCAUAAGAUUAAUGCAGAGUAGGGCUGCUGUGAUUCCAACAGAAGAAGCAGGGAAUGCUUUCCAGUGUUCUGCAGGAGCUGGAUUAGAUGGUUCUCUUACAAACCUCACAGCUGUUGAAGAUGAUUCUAAAGACAUGCCAGCCAUUGCUCAUAAAACAAAGGAUAUGGGAAUGCCACACCAGGGAGAAAAUUUGGAUUUUUCCUUCCUAAUAGUCAACAAUAAAGAAGGCAACAAGCAGCUUUUUGUGGAUCUAGGAGUUUAUACAAAGAAUAGAAAUUUCCGGAUGUAUAAGUCAUCAAAAGCAGGAAAAAAUGUGAUUCUGAAGAUAGCAGAGGAUAAUAAGUUUAUCCCCAACUGUGAAAAGGAUGUUUCCUUGGAAGAAGCAUAUUUUCUUUCCUCUUUAAUCUGCAACACUGGAGCGAGGGAUGACAUAAAAGUUCUGUCAUCUGGCUUUUCAGAGGAGGAGAGAAAAAUGUCUGCUUUUUUAAACAGUAAAUCUACCAGAAGCAGCAGAGAUCCCAUGGAAGGUUACCAGGGUUCGCCAUAUCCAGAAAUUGAUAAUUUUGUUCGUUCCGUGGUUAAUAAAGAUGGGCUACAAGGAGGGAUAAGACAAUGGAGUUACUUCUCUCUCAAAGAACUACUUAUUUAUGAUAUUUCUGGUUACCGUUGGUGUGAAAAUAUCAGAAGAGCUCACAAAAGUAACAAUAUAAUGAUUCUGGUAGAUCUAAAGAAUGAAGUCUGGUAUCAAAAGUGCCACGAUCCUGUCUGCAGAGAACAAAACUUCAAAUCACAAAGUUUCCCAUUGCCGCCUGGGAUAUGCCUCCCAUCUCUUUUCAAAGAGGAAGAAGAGUCCAUGCUAAUGGACGACGGGGGGCACACAGAAGGAAAAGUACAUCCACAUUUUAAUGUGUCAGACUUGUCAAAAUGCUCAGUAUCUCCAGAGAACAGCUGGUCUCAAGACUUCCUGUUGUCAGACAGUGAGUGGGAAAACACAAGUGAUGAUGCCUGUUUCCUAGAAGCUGCUGAAGAUGUGGAACUAGCUGAAGCUGCAGAUGACAGUCUGAAUUAUGCCAUGGAGGAAAUCCCAGAUGAAAUUCUUUUGGAAGCUUUAAGGAAAGAAGACCUCUACACUAAAGAAGGGAGUUAAGCACAGGCCUGGCCAGCAGUGAAUGACGCUUGUGUGGCGCAUGCUGUGUGAAAGGUCCUGCGGGGUGGUUCACAAGCACCACUCCAGAGCUGCAGGACAAAGAAUGGAGUGCGUGGGUGAACUUCAGCAGGCAUGAGGAGAUCAUGGAAGGUUAUGGGGGGCUGAAGAGGACUAAAAUAUUCAUUAUGAAUGCUGCUCCAAGCUUAGCACUUUUAACGGUCUUUGCUGUACAGUUUGUUUUGUUAGUUGUAUGUCCAAGUUUUAUUGAGAAGCCAACAGAACAGACUUAUUUCCAUAAACAAGAUUAGAUAAUUUAUUUCAAAUACAAAUUUAAUAAAAAUAUUUGUUUAUUCAUCUUUG